GGCUGCGGGGUGGGGGUCGCGGCCCCGCACCUGGCUCUGUGCAUGCCCACCCCCCCCCCCCUUUGCAGCGCUGGUGCCCACACCCAGCUUGGCAGGAGCUUUGGGGGGGUCCAUGCCCUGCAGCUGGCUCUGUGCGUCCACUUGGGGGGGAGCUCGGACUGCGCCGCCUCCGACGACCGGGCGCUGAUCCGCGCCUACGACCGAGCCGUGCGCUCCUGCAAGGAGGCCUCGGGAGCCCGCGAGGACGCGGCGUCCGACAGCUCCAGCUCCUCGACGUCGAGCGGGGCUGAGAGCGAUGAGGAGAAGGAGGAGGAGGAGGAGCGGCGGCGGCAGGAGGAAGAGUCGGCGUCCCAGUGGGAGGUGGGCGCCGCCUGCCGCGCCGCCUGGUCGGGAGACGGGCUGACGUACCCGGCCCGCGUCGUCGCCCUGAGCCCUGCCGAGGGCACCUGCAUGGUGGAGUACGAGCACUACGGGAACCGGGAGGAGCAGAGCCUGCGGGACCUGCUGCCCCCCGACCAGACCCCCAACAGCUCGCCGCGGCCCGGCAGGACGUGGCAGGUGGGCGACGCCUGCCGUGCGGUCUGGUCAGAGGACGGGCUGCUGUACCCGGCCACGGUGCGGUCGGUGGACGCCGCGGCGGGGACGUGCCUGGUGGAGUUCGACGGCUACGGGAACCAGGAGGAGCAGGCUUUGGAGGACCUGCUGCCCGCAGAGAGCUCCCUGCAUGGGCACCCUGCCAGCGAGGUGGAAGAGGAUGCACAUGGGGUCCCCCGGAGGCCAAGCCCCCUCCCCUCCUGGCAGCUGCCCCACGGCAGGAGGAGGCCGAGCACCACGGGGAAGUGGGCAUGCCACUUGCCACCCCUGCCUCUGCCCUCCAAGAGCAGCAUCCAGUGGCCCGGCCUAUCCCUGCCCCCACCCUGCCGACCCCCCUGGCCCCCGCUGGUGCCCCCACCGCCGCCCCAGGAUCCGCUGUGCUCAGACUGUGAGGAGGAGGAUGCCCUGGCCUGCAUGCUGCUGAGCUGGCACCUGAGUGGGUACCACACCGGCUUCUACAUGGGGCUGCGGCAGGGCCGGGCCGAGGCAGUCAAGUCCGCGCCGAAGCCGGCGUCACGGCAGAAGAAGGUGUCAUCACACAGAUAGGAGCAGUUGCAGACCUUUGCUCGCCCCUCGGGGUGGACGGGGCGGCCCCCAGGCUGGGCUGGUCCUGCACUGUUCAUCUGUCCUGCGUCUUGGAGCCACGACUCCAGCCCUGCACUGACCAGGCCAGGGAGCAGCAUGCGGCUGAGCUGGGGUGUCGCUGGCACUGCCUGUCCUCCGGGCACCACACAGCCCGGGCACGGUGCCGCAGGCACGGACUGUCUCUCUCCAAUAAACCCGGUUUGUCAGGC